UACUACAAGUUAUUGAUGUGCGUCCGACGCGAAAAUAAUUGAGUUAUAAAGGACUGACUGCAAUAAAAAUGGAUGCAUACGAUACGUAUUUACACAGUACCUACAGUAUUUCAAUAAUUCCAAGCGACUUACAUCACGAACAAACUAUUGUCAAAGCAGCCAAUUCUCUUACUAGUCUCCACAAAACAAUAAAUUCAAUUUUUUCCCAUUUUGGAACGCGUUUGGAAAGAAAUGCAGCCAAGGUCAAGGAAAUAAACGAACGUCUUCGGCGUGCACAGGCCAAAAUUGAUGCCUUCGUUGGAUCUAAGCGUGCCAUCAAAAUUAUUGCACCAGCAGAAUUUCCCGCAUGCAACGUAUUAGUUAAUAUUCCGGGUACCUUUUCGCACGUUGCGGGUCAUCUCAUGGAGUCUACGCACGAUCAACCGUCAUUAGAGAAACAGCAUCGUUUGCGACAGGUCCAACUGCAAUGUAAUGCAAUUCCCAAUUGUCAACAUUUAGAGGAUUGUACACAGGAAAAUAGCAAUAAACGGCUGGUUUUUUAUCAUGUGCAAGCAGAGGAGAACUGCGAACCGACUUUGGUUGCCGAACGUAAGUUUACGAAUCGUACAUCAGGUCUAGGCGUAUUUCCAGAGCGUCUAAGGUCGGUGCCAUCGAUGAUUCGAUUUAAUACGAACGACUUUUGCUAUGGCGGCGAUAUAACCGGAACUGUUGAGUUUAACACCUGGAGAAGCGCGCAUCAGCCGCAGAGCCAUCAGCGUGAUAUUCAGGUAAAGCCUCCAAAAAAGCAACACCUGGCGCCAGCGCCGGUUUCCUUGGCACAUGGAACAACAAAACUUGCAACACUCGGCGGGGAUUUGAGGUAUACGCCAGUGUCAUUAGCAGCACCAGCCAUCGAUGUUCCCUUGGAUUUGCCAGAUCUCCCAGGUGUCGCGAAUGAUUUGCAAUACGAGCAAGUUGAGGAGCAGAUGCCAAUAGCACCGUCUUACAAGUUUUCGGGUUUGCCAGGUUUUUCAGACUUUAUGGGUGGACCGAAUCUAAAGACAUUAAAUGAUGAAACACUUCCAGUACAAUAUGAUAAUGCAAUAUCACAGUGUGACAUAGUGACACCUAUAACAAACCUACAACCACUUCAAACACCACCAGCCCCACCACCACCGCCACCACCACCACCCAUAUUGUCAUCACCAGUGUUCAAAAAGCCUAUGCAGCAGACAACGCAACAGCCAACUGACGGCGUUUUAAAGCUGCUCUCCCCACCAACUGAAAAGUCACAAUUUCUCCCAACUCCUUAUAACCCAAACUAUAAUUCACGAGCCGAGCUCAUGGUAGCUAUACGCAAUGCUGGUGGUGCACAUGGCGGCCGACUGCGUUCACCGGCGGCAGCAUCUAUUGACGUUGAUAAUCAAAAUGUAAGUAAAUCACCGCAACACUAUGCUGGCGAUAGUGGGGUUUGUGAUUUCAUGGCUGACUUGCACAAUAAAUUAAUGAUGCGGCGCAAGGGCAUUUCUGGAAAUCAAAUUCCAGCUAAUCAUGCUGCAAAAGAGGGCAAUCCAAUGAUGAUACAACUGUCAAGGGUCAUACCGCCAACGGUACAUCCCCGCAAAGGUGCACAAUCUAGCGAUGAGGCUUAUUCUGAUGACGAUGAUGAUGCUUGGACGCCGUAGCGCAUCGUACAAUAAUAUUGUUAAUUUUCUUUAACCAAAUCCAACCAAAACUGUACUGUCAAUCCAGCAUGUUAAAUUAGCACAGGUUUUAGGUUACAAUUUAAAAGACUUCCAAUAAACACACAAUCUAGCAUGACAA